AUUUUGAUUUUCUACGUCAAAUGUUUUUAAUUUUUUUUUUAAUUUUACUCAAAGUCGUAGAAUGUUAAUGAAUAAGGCUGCUUACUGACCAAACAAAUGUUUUACGAAGCGUUUUCUAAAUAUUCAUUUAAAAGGAUUAUUAAAAAAGGUUUGGGCUGCGUAGUUUGUGUUCUGGACAAUAGUGUGUAGAAGAAGGGGGUUAAAGUGUAACAAAGGCAAACCAUCUCAUCUAGAGUCAUAAGGCAGUAAACAACUUUGUAAAAUAACUGUUCAUCAUGGGGUCCAAAGAAAUGUCUCAAGGACGUUUAAUUAUCAUCGCCACUUUUCUCAUUAUCGCCUGUAUUGUUGCCCUCGGACUUGGCCUUGGGUUUGUGUUAACUAGAGACAAAGAUUCCAACCAAACGCCCUGCGGAGAAACAGGGACGGAAUCGGGGACCUCCUCCACAGGAACUCCACCCACCACCACCAAACCCUCUCCAGAGGGAUCCCCGUCAAUCGAGGGCCAUUAUCGAUACGCCGCUAUAGCAUCUGACACCGGAACUUGCGCACAAAUUGGCAUAGAUAUAAUGGGGCGGCGACAGGGAUCUGUGGUAGAUGCUGCUAUCGCCACCAUUCUUUGUCAGUGUGUAGAAAACAGCCACAGUUGUGGAAUUGGAGGAGGGCAUUUCAUGACCGUAUACAGCAGGGCAAAUAACACAGCUUAUACAAUCUUAGCUCGCGAGAUGGCGCCAGGGGCAGCAACAGAAGAUAUGUAUGUGCCAGAAAAUAAAUCUUCAACGGAAGGCGGUUUAGCUAUAGGAGUACCCGGUGAAAUCAAGGGAUUGUAUGAAGCCUGGAAAAUUGGCGGCAAACUUCCCUGGAAAGAUUUAUUUCAGCCAACAAUCAAAAAGCUUCGAGAGGGGUGGAAGGUUAGCCAGCCUCUAGCGUAUGCCAUUUCAAGACAAACGACAGUGUUAUUAAGACAGAAAAAUUUAAGAGACAUUCUCACAAACCCAAAUACUGCGCGACCAUACAAUGAAGGAGAAAUCAUCAAAAUGCCAAAACUGGCCAACACAUUUGAAGCCAUUGCCAACGAUCCACACGCGAUGUAUAAUGGUUCUCUUGUCGAUGACAUCGUAGAGGAUAUUCGGGAAGCAGGUGGAAUUAUAACAAAGGAAGACUUGAACAACUAUGUAGCAGUUGUGAAGGAACCGUUGGUUGUGAAACUGAAGGACAACUCCACCAUCUUCACGCCACAGCCGCCAUCUAGCGGGGCAGUGUACGCCAUGAUUCUCAACAUCGCAGACGGAUACGGAUUUAGUCCAGAUAGUGUCUCAAACACUGAAAAAUCGACAUUGACUUGGCAUAGAAUCGUAGAAGCCAUGAAGUUCGCUUAUGCAAAGAGGAGUAGUCUCGGGGACCCAGAUAAGGAGAGUCAAAGUUUUAAGGAUAACAUUGCUUCGUUGAUAAAUAAUAUGACGUCAUCAUCUUAUGCUGAAUAUGUUCGAUCUAAAAUAUCUGAUACUUCUACACACGAUACCCUGUACUACGGGCCGACAUUUUACGACCAGUCAAAAACGGGGACGUCGCACUUGGCAGUUCUGGCGCCAAAUGGCGACGCUGUUUCACUCACCAGUACAAUAAAUCUUUAUUUUGGUUCGAAAGUUGUCGGCAGCAGAACAGGAAUAUUUUUUAAUAAUGAAAUGGACGACUUCUCUACACCAAAUACAACAAACUCUUUUGGUGUUCCGGCCUCAGCUGCGAAUUUUAUCAAGCCAGGUAAGAGGCCACUGUCCUCCAUGUGCCCUAGUGUAGUGGUGGAUUCAGAGGGUCACGUGAAGUUAGUGGUGGGAGCUUCCGGUGGAACAAGAAUUACAACCUCAACUGCUUUAGUAAGCAUUGAGACACUGUGGUUCAAGUAUGGAAUCAAGAAAUCAAUCGAUCACAAACGACUGCAUCAUCAGUUGUUACCAGCCUACGUAACAGUGGAAAACGGAUUUGACCCGCAAAUUAUACAAGGGUUGAAGAACAUUGGUCACAACAUUAGUAUGUCGGACUCUGCCGGCUCUGUAGUGCAGGGUAUUCUACAGCUAAAUGAAGGAAAGAUAAGCGCCAAUGCUGACUACAGAAAGCGAGGAGUUCCGGACGGUUAUUAACGUUCAUAUAAAGUUACGAUUGAAAAAAAAGAAAAGAAAACAGGGUACAUGUGACAAUUUCGUUAUGAAUUCAUUCAAACAGCAAAUCGGGGUGCAGAAUCUUCAAAUAUUGCUGUAAAUUCUGCUAGAUAAUAAUUCCUGGAAACAAUAGGUUCUUCCAACGAUAUGAAAAAUUUCUUCUUAUAAUAAGCAAUUGUUUUAGAAAUCGACAGAGUGAAUACUGAUAAAUAUUUACUUACUGUUCUACAAUUACUGAACUUAAUAGCCCCAGUUAUUUUCCUUUUCUCAUGUCUGCAAUAAAGCGUUCAUAAAUGAAAAGUUUGAUCAAAUUUAAGAAUUA